UUGUAAUUUUUAAAGCAAUAUAAACAAGUUGAUUGAUGAUAGAUGAUAGAAUUGUGCAUUUUAAAGUUAUAACAAAUCAACACAUUGACAAAAACAAAGUGGACAUCAAGAAUAAUGGCUGAACAACGAACACAACAAGAAGAAAUUGAUCGUCAAGUAGCUGCCGCUUUAGCCCAUGAAGAACAAAUGGGCCGCCAUGGGUAUGAUGGUCAUCAACAUCAUCAUCAUCAUCAUGGACAUCAUUGGCGUCAUCUAGAUCAUUUGUAUCAUGGACAACAAGGUCAUCACCAUGGUCAUCACCAUUUAGGUCACUUUGGCCAUCAUCAUGGCCAUCAUGGACAUCACCAUGGUCAUCACCAUGGUCAUCACCAUGGCCAUCACCAUUUUGGUCACUUUGGCCAUCAUCAUGGCCACCAUGGACAUCGUCGUCAUCAUGGCUGUCAUCGUGAUAAUAAUUUGCAUCAUCAAUUCGAUUUGUUUUCCCCAUUUAAUUAGUAAAAUUAACUGGCAAUUUUAAUGAUGAGUUUUUAAUAAAGGUGUAAUAAUUUUUUGUUAA